UACUGAGGUUACUUAGGGUAUUUGAGUUCGUUGCAAAAAAUGUAUAAUAGGCUUUUUAAUAGGUAUGGAAAAAACAGAGAAUGCUAAAUCUUGUACACUUGAGCGAAAAGAUUUAAAGUCAUGGAAAGAAAUAAAUAAAGCACGCAAGGAGGAAAGGAGAAAAUGGCGAGAAAAGAAAUUAAAGAAGAAGAUUAAAGAAGAAGUAAAUUUAAAGAGCGAGGAUGUAGAAGAACGAAAACCAAUAAAACAAAAAAUAUCGACAAUAAGCAUUGCUGUGCCAGGUUCAAUUUUAGAUAACGCACAAAGUGAUGAAUUCAGAACAUACCUGGCAGGACAAAUAGCAAGAGCCGCUGUUAUUUUUCAGAUUGAUGAGAUUAUAGUUUACGACGAUUUGCCCAAAGGUGAAAUUAGAAAAGAUGUUCUUGAAACUGGAAAUGAAAUUAAAACUUCAAGGAGAUGUUGUGUACAACUAGCAAGAAUUUUACAGUAUCUCGAGUGUCCACAAUAUCUUAGAAAAUAUUUCUUUCCUAUUCAUAAAGAUUUGCGCUUUGUAGGUGUUUUAAAUCCAAUAGAUACUCCACAUCAUUUAAGACAAGAUGAUCAUUUUACUUUCAGGGAAGGAGUGGUAACAACUAAACCACCUAAAACCAACAGAGGCUCUCAAGUCUAUGUAGGCUUGUUUAAGGAUGUUGAAGUAGAUAAGCUGUUAACACCUGGUCUUCGUUGCACAGUAAAGAUUCAUAAUCCUGAUGAUCCAACUAGAAAAUUAAAAGGACUAGUUGUUUCUCCUCACACACCACGUCAAGAAACAGGUGUUUAUUGGGGAUAUACUGUAAGAUUAGCUGAAUCAGUUUCACAUAUUUUUUCAGAAAGUCCUUACAAAGAUGGGUAUGAUUUACUGUUGGGAACUUCCGAUAAAGGUAAAUCAAUUGAUGAAUGCAGUUCUUUUGUGUAUGAUCAUUUACUAGUGAUGUUUGGUGGACUUGCUGGAUUAGAAGCUGCAUUUGAAAGUGAUGAGUUAUUAAAAGUAAAUGAUCCAACAUUAUUGUUUGAUCAUUACUUGAAUACAUUACCAAAUCAGGGAUCACGAACUAUAAGGACUGAAGAAGCAAUUCUUGUGAGUUUGGCAGCAUUGAGACCAAAAUUGGACCCUAAAUUUAGAGCUCCUACUUUUAAAGAUAAUUUCACUGAACAAAAGUAUUCAUUCGACUAGAAGUUUAUCUUCUGGAAUUUAAUUAUGAAUUUUUAUAUGUGAAUGGAUGGACAUUAAAAGUAGGAAAAUAUACAUCGUUUAAUUUAGAAAAACUGUAUUACUUUUUUUCUGCUUGAAAAGUAAUAUGUAGCUAAUUUUAAUUCAGGUUGUAAUAAAGUUAGCUAUUUCAAAAUACA